AAUAUUAAUUUUGAUUAAUAAUAUGGUCACGACCAAGAUAAGUUUAUCACUGAAUAUAAAAUCCAUCGAGUUAUCUUUAAAUGACUCAGUGUACUUGUAGCUGUGCGUUUGUGCGGUCAUUUAUUCUCUUUCAGUUUUAAUAUUAGUAAAAGUCGGUAUCAUGGGAGUAAUGUGUCAAAUAUUAUUGGACAGAACUGAAGAUGGUGUUUUCAAGGCAGGAGGACUAGUGACAGGAACAUUGAAGUACUUUAUAGACAAACCAACACAAUACAGAAGGAUAUCCCUGUGUUUUGUGGGAAAAGGAGAAUGCCAGUGGUCUGAAAGUGAUUCUGAUUCUGAUGAUAACGAUAGUACUGAUUACAGUAAUUGUCAAGAAUAUUUUACGCAAGUAAUCAUGGUAUAUUUGGGCACAAAUAACAAAGAUCUUAUAUCAGGUGCUUUUGAAUACCCAUUCCAGUUCUUGCUGCCAAACGAUAUACCGCCAUCUUUUAAAGACGACAUUUGUAAAAUAAAGUACAAAAUUACAGUCACAUUUGCUAAAGCAAACUUUAUGAAAACGAACAAACAUUUUGAUGUAGAAAUACCAAUGACCAGCUACGUGAACCCAUGUUCAUUGGAACCAAUGAUGUUCAGUUUAAAGAAAGAUCUGAUUUCUCUUAAAACUCCCAAUAAGGUAGAAAUAAAAGGAGAAAUAAGUAAAACGUGUGUAGCUCCCGGUGAUAGCUUCGAAAUGAUACUCACAGUAAACAAUGAUUCAAAUAUAUCAGUAUUUAUAAGAACUGAACUUGUAAGUCGUGUGACCUACGUAUCAAGUAGUAAUCGCAAGAAAGUUGAUGAAGAAAUCGUGAAAAAUACUUGUAUAAUGAAAUCUGUGGCUACCAAUGGUGUCACAAGUCUAACACAUAUGGUCCCGACGUAUCCAAAUUUAUAUUCCAUACAACAUACUAAAGUUAUGGUACGUGAAUAUAAAGUUAAAAUUACUGCUAAACUUCCUUUUCCACACAUAGAUGCUGUUUUAGACAUUCCGGUAGCUAUUGGUUCAAAACAACAUGAACUUUUGGUACCAGCUGCAGUCUACAAUCAGUAUGAUAAAGAGCCACCGCCGUACUCAUCUAUAUCUGCACAAAAUGAGGACUGUGCAAACAGAGCUAACGAUGACGUUAAUGUGAAAAAAUGUGAAGAAGCAGACUCUAGCAAGGGCGAAAAGAAAAAGCUGGAUGCCGAUGGUGAUCAAGAUUAUAAAUAAAAUAUGUAAUAUUAAAAACAUUACACUAGCAACGUUAAGGAAAAUGAUGACAAGUGUGAGAAUAAUUAAGAAUUUGUCCAGGUGAUAGGCGAAGUUGUUUUUACUUAAAUAAGCCAGUUCAGUAGGCUGUCACACAAAUGUAUGUAGGUACAUAUUUUGUUAUUAAUUAUGCAAGCAGAAAUUUCAAGACAGUGUGACUUCUGAUAUUAUAGACAUAAUUACUACUUUUUGUGAAAGUAACAUCAUAAUGCUGUGAUAA